AUGUCUGACGACUGGGACUCCGUCACCAAGAUCGGCAGCCGCACGCGUGGCCCCGGUGCCGCACAGCGCGAGACUGUCGUCCGCGGCCAGAGCGCGCUCAACGCCGCGAAGCGGAGCGGUGCCGUCGUGGCUACGGAGAAGAAGUUUGCUGCUGGGAAUGCCUCCGGCCACGUCGAAGGCCAACACCUCACCAAAGUCGACCGGUCAGACGACAUUGUCAAGCCCAAGACGGUGGGCGUCAAGGUCGGCGACGCGAUCAAGAAGGCCCGUGCCGAGGCCAAGAAUGAUAAAGGCGGCACCAUGACGCAGAAGGAUCUGGCGACAAAGUGUAAUAGCACGCCGACGAUUAUCGCGGACUUUGAGCGUGGAUCCGCCGCGCCCGAUCAGAAGCUGCUGGGUAAUAUUGAGCGGGUACUGAAUGUUGUGCUGCGCGGUGAUAAGAUUGGGCAGCCGAAGUUUCCGAAUAAGAAGUAG